AUGGCUAUGGCAGAUAGAAGACCUCUCGGGCUCCCAGUUACUUCAGCUCAAGCUGCUCCAGCUUACAACGUCUCGGGCCUUUCUAAGAGCCCCGACACCAAGAUGAAGUCGACCAUCUCCGAUUUAAAGGGAAAUCUUUCCGAGAUUGAUAUCACCUCAUUUACAACCGACAAGAGCGUUAGCCCAGCGGAGUUGUCGCCGACGCUGAGAAGCAUUUCGCCUGAUUCUUUGAUGCAUACAGGCACUAGUUCGGCUAAGAAAUCUACCUCUUCGAUAAGCUCAAGAGAUUCCACUCCACCUGUUGGUGCUUCCUCGUCUUUGGGUAGUUUCUACCCUAAGGCAAGCUUGAAUGGCACCACUUUGGGCAAAAAACCAAAGGUGUCUGCUCGUGUACCAAUUGCUACCGGAAUUUCCACUACAAUUCCUGUCACUGGAGAAAAACCUAAACCUGAUCAGGAAGGUGAUGCGUCGUUGGAAGACGACGUGCUCUUUGCUAUUUUCCUCAUCUUGUACGAAAAAGACCCAGAAGGCGCCGGAAUGACCGUUAAGCAAAUCUGUGAUAUUCUUGUUGAGAGACAUCCAGAAAUGGCGCAGUUAUCGAGCAAGACUUCAAACUUGGUUAGUGCAAAAUUGAAUGCCUACGUGAAACGUGUUGAAAAAGGUGACUCCAAUUUGAAGUACGCCUUGUCGAGAGAAUGGGCCGAUGCCUCGCCCAAAAGAAUGGUUUAUGUGUACCGUGGUCUUUUAACGAAGGACUUCCAUGUCCACGUGAAAAACGUCAUGGAGUACCAGAAGCAGAGCCAGGGAAACCAAAAGUUUGUCAACGGUCUGAGCUCAAACUUUUCCACAGACUCCUUCGAGGCGGCCAAGCAAUCUGCUAUACUCAAGCAAAGAAGACUGACUAUGUAUGAUUUUGGUCCCAACAGGCCUGCGUUCCUGGAAUCGUCUGAUCUUGCCAACUUGUUUGUCCCCUAUGCGUCUGCCCCUGUCGCUGCUAACAUGCCUGAGCACUCUUCUGCUUCUGGAAAAGAGACUGAUGAUGUGGCUUCGCCAGCACCAAAGGUAUCUGCUACACCAACUCCCAUCACAGAACAGAAGAAGCUCAACGAUUUGGACUACGAGUUUGAAGACCUAGACGUUUUCAACGACACAGAUGACGACUCUGCCGAUUUCAGCAUUGAAACAUUCAAGAAGAACGGAAAGAGGUCCAAGUCCAUGUCGUAUUUAUCCAUGACAAAAAAGAGCAAAGUUCUUACUGCUGCUGCUGCGGCCCCUAGAGCGCCCAAGACUCCUUGUUCUCACAGCCCGAAUGCUGCUGCUGCCGCUGCUGCGUUGCACGCGGCUGCGCUCAAGGCCAUUUCUGAAACUUCGUCUUCAGACAUGAGUUCGGCGAAAUCUUCUUCUAACAAUUCACCAAAGUCGAAACGCAACUGGGCGCAUGUCGUGCGCUCGGGCUUUUUGACCCAGGAGAUAAGUGCCCCAGAGGACCUUACGUUGUCUGAUUUGGACAAGUGGUUCAGCUGA